AUGCCGGAUGAUGCAGAGCAGGAUUCGAGAGUGGAUCGUCGUGAAACCAAUUCCAUCAUAGCUAAUGCAGAUGCAGAAAGCAUAAAUGAUGGCAGAGCCUUGGUGCCAUCAGCGACUCGGAGUGGUGAUGUCAUCUCGCCAACAAGAGCGGUCCUGACGUUAUCGAAGUCGAUGUUCAAUGCGGGAUGCUUCUCUCUGCCAUACGCAUGGAAGCUUGGUGGUCUCUGGGUGUCCCUUGUACUCUCGUUCGUCAUAGCGGGCUUCAAUUGGUAUGGAAAUCAUAUUCUCGUGCGUGCAAGUCAACACUUAGCAAAGAAAUCAGAGCGUUCGGCACUGGAUUAUGGUCACUUCGCGAAAAAAGUUUGUGAUUAUAGUGACAUCCGUUUUCUCAGAAAUAAUAGCAAGGCAGUUAUGUAUGUUGUUAAUGUAACUAUUCUAUUCUAUCAACUCGGAAUGUGCAGCGUGGCUAUUCUCUUCAUAUCGGACAAUAUGGUACACUUGUUAGGUGAUCGCGUUGGAGGCGAUCGUCAUACGCAGAUGAUCGUGAUGGCAUCGAUAACACUUGUAUUCAUUAUGGUUACCAAUAUGUUCACGGAAAUGCGGGUUGUAUCGGCAUUUGCUCUGGUCUCAUCUGUAUUUUUCAUAAUCGGAGCGACAGUGAUCAUGCAAUAUACCGUCAGGCAGCCAAAUCAGUGGCGAGAACUUCCAGGAUAUACGAAUUUCACGGGUACGAUUAUGAUGAUUGGUAUGAGUAUGUACUCGUUCGAAGGACAAACUAUGGCAAGGUUUUCGCCCCCGAUAAGGAUUCUUCCAGUGGAAAAUAAGCUGGAAACUCCUGAAGCAUUUCUUGCUCCAAAUGGUGUCUUACCUACAACCAUGAUCAUAUGUACAUGCUUUAUGACGGCUCUGGGAUUCUAUGGCUAUACAGGUUUCGGUGACAAAAUUGCACCGGCCAUUACUACGAAUGUCCCCAAAGAAGGACUAUAUUCAACUGUCAAUGUGUUCCUUAUGCUGCAGUCAAUGCUAGGACAUUCAAUUGCUAUGUAUGUUGUCUUCGACAUGUUUUUCAAUGGAUUCCGGCGAAAAUUCAGCGCUCGAUUUCCACAUUGUCCCAAAUCUGUUGUGGAUAAAGGAUUUCGAAUGUUCUGGGUUAUGUUGACUUUUCUGAUGGCCGUAUUGAUUCCUAAACUGGAGAUCAUGAUCCCAUUGGUAGGAGUUACUAGUGGCACACUCUGUGCCCUUGUCUAUCCACCGAUCUUCGAAAUGAUUACGUUUUGGACAGAUUGGAAGGGUCUGCUUACUUAUCGAGAACGCAUGAGCAAAAUAGCACUGAAUUGCUUUGUGAUUUGUGUUGGUUUCUUUGCUAUUGGGGCUGGUUUAUACGCAAAUGGCUUGGCCAUUUACGAGUCAUUUACGGACCCAAAUUUCUAA